AUGUCCGGCCUGCUGCUCGUCUCCUUGGUCAGCUGCCUGCUGGCCAUGAAUCAGGCCAGCCUCAUCAGCCGCUGUGACUUGGCCAAGGUGCUGCGCGAGGAGGACUUGGAUGGGUUUGAGGGCUACUCCCUGAGUGACUGGCUGUGCCUGGCUUUCGUGGAAAGUGCCUUCAACAUAACAAAGGUAGAUGAAAAUACCGAUGGCAGCUUUGACUACGGCAUCUUCCAGAUCAACAGCCACUACUGGUGCAACGAUUACCAGAGUCACACGGAAAACAUUUGCCACAUGGACUGUCAAGGAGUUGCCAUGGUGUUCCACAGGCUCCAGACAGGCUCGCACAGCCAGCAGCGGGGAUGCUGGGCGUCGCUCUGCGCUGAACCCUCACUAAGUUCCGGGUCACGUGGGCGGGGGAGCAGCUGGGUAAAAUGGAGGCUGCACUGUGCGGGCCGGCCACUCUCCUACUGGAUGACAGGAUGCCACCUGGGAUGAGGCAGGGGACAGGCCUGUGGUGGAGUCACUCCAGAAUUCCUCUCCUCACUUCAGAAUUCUUCAUUUCUUCUUCCUCUUGCCUCCACUUCCUGUUUUCUUCCCUUCCCAUUUACAAGUAAAACUGACCAGAGCCCCAGAAAUAAAUGGGUUCUAGGGCUUCGUUCCCGUUACUGUCCAGGCCCAGGCCCCU